AUGAGGGAAGGCUUUUGCCUUAUGGACAGAAAACUUGAGUUCCGUCAAUUCAAUGCAAAUUUUACAAAUCUUGGAGCCACUGGUCGCCACGGUCCAACAUCAAUUGGUCAAUUUUACAAUGGUCAGGAUCACGUAAAUAUGGUAAACGUAUCAAAAGGUAUCCAGUAUUCGACAGUGCCUUACACUGGAACUUAUGAAGUUACUGCUGUCGGUGCACAAGGCGGUUACGACAAACUUGGCUCUACAUACAGAGGUCGUGGAGCUUAUAUGAAAGGGGACUUUGAACUAAACAAAGGAGAAAUUAUAAAAAUUCUGGUUGGGCAAACGGCACCCGUCAAUACCCGUGCCUAUACAUCAGGAGGUGGCGGUGGUUCUUUUGUUGCUAGGAACAACAAUGUACCCCUACUGGUUGCUGGAGGUGGUGGUGGUAUAGAACACCUGAAGAAACGUUUAGAUAACUGUGAUGCGAGCACUAAAAUAUCUGGAAAAAAUAACAAAUGCGUCAUACCUUGUAAAAACUGGGCUGGAGGAGUAAAUGGACAUGGAGCUAAGCAGGCAGACUCAGAUAAUUCAGGUGGUGGUGGAGGUGGAUUUUACAGCAAUGGAAGAAGUAGUAAACAGUUUGGUGGUAAGUAUGGAAAUGGAGGAGAAGGAGGUUUUGCUUUUAUAAAUGGAGGAGCAGGAGGACGUGCCUGGUAUAACAAUGCUGUUGGUGGAUUUGGAGGUGGUGGUGGAGCAUAUGGUAAUGGUGGAGGACCAGGUGGUGGAGGUGGUUACUCAGGUGGAGCAUCCGGAGAAAAUGUGUACGGAUCUUGUGGUGGUGGUGGUGGAUCUUAUAAUGGAGGAAAAAAUCAAGUGAACAAGUCAGCCUUUAAUGACAAAGGAGACGGAUAUGUCAUUAUCACUCGAAAGAGGUAGAUUAAAUCCUCUUAAAGUUGUGUAUUUUUUUCGUAAAAACACUUUAGUAUCUUGUUGUAUAGUUUAGAACUGUUUAAGACAACAUUUUUCGAAAUAAUAGUUUGCCUAUCUGUUAAGACACAAAUUGUGGUAGUCAACGUGAAUCAGCAUGAUAUUUACCUAUAUCUCUAAAUACGAGUAAAAUUUUUGUGUAUUGAUAACAUUGUUGUCAAAUUACAAUUUUUAUGUAAUAAGACUUCACAGCUGCAUCAGGGGUAAGUUUUUUUUCCUCCAAUGCCAUAGUCUAAAUUUUGAUUGUGAACAUACUCUUUAAAUAAAUAUUUUCAAAGCUU